AUCUUUCUUGUGUAGCUACGUCUCCUUAUCUUUCUCGAGUCGGGGUACUCCUUUGGCUGCGCUCUCCUUUAUGGGUAUGAGUUGCCACCGUCCUUCCCUUCCCAGAUCCAAUCCAUAGUUUUUCUAUGAGAGGGAUACACCAGGUAGAAUAACGAUGAUGAUAUGUGAAUAAAAAUUUAAGAGGAUGAUAGAACAUUAUCCAAAAUGAAAACAUUGUAUAAUAAAAAAAAAUACACCAAAAUAGAAAUAUUGGUAAGCCAAUGAGAAUAAAGGGAAUUACAUUUCACAAAAAAAUCUUUUAAAUGGUAAAGAAAAUUGUGGCAAUUUAACCAAAACAAAAGAAUAAUCACUAUGAGAUUGAUUGAAAUUUAACCAAAAAUUGAGCCAAUUUAAUCGGAAAACAUGUAAAUUUAACCUUAAAAUAAUCUAAAAGUUCCAAAAAAAAUAAAAAAGGAUAAUAUGUAGAGUAGAUUCCACUUUCCCAUACUUUUAUGAUACUCCAAUAAAUUCACAUGAUCCACAAUCAAUUGGCAGUAUGUAAAGAUGCAACACGUUACACGUAGGAUAUACGUGUACUAAACAGCUUCACAUGACAAAUAUCUUAACACUAAUUUACUAUGCCAUAAAAGUAAAUUAACACAUAAAUUAACAAAUUCUAAAUAUAGCUGGAGAAUAUUCAAAAUUAAAAUAUGCCUACACAGAUUAACCCAACUGGAUAAGUCCUGUAAUUAAAAUUUGUGGCAAAGAUCCAAUCAGCAAUAUUAGCCAUUAAAUUUUGUAAAAGGCAACUGAUUAAACAUGUAAUAAUUUUGGUUCUCACGAAUUAUGAUAAGGUUGAAUAGUGGAUCUGUGUUGUGUGUAUACAAGGUGACUUGGGAAACUUUAAAUAAGGGUGGGCUCCACCUUACACAUAAUUCUAUAUGUAGUAUAAAAAAUACUGGUUUGACCUUAUAAAUAACACACUCAAACCUUAGUUUUCCAGCAUAUAUUUCAUCUUCUCUUCUCUUCCUUCCUAUUCAGUAUUCACAACCCAGAACAUGACUUUAACAUUACGUUCUACAAAUCUGUUCCUUAAAGAUCUCAGAAGCCUAAAAGCUUGUGAAGAUAUCCCAAGUCUCAUAUGUAUUAAGCCUUCUUCAUAUCGUGUUCGUGCCAUAGGUUCCAUACAAGCAUCACAUUUUGCAACCCAAAAGCUCUCAGUUUUAGAAAGCAGCAGAAAUAAUGAAGAAAAACUACACUGGUUAACAGCGGCUCAUCAUCAUACAAAUGACACACGAGUGCCUGUGUACGUGAUGUUGCCCUUAGACACCAUUUCUGUUGGUGGGAGCUUAAAUAAAGCGAGGGCGAUGAAUGCGAGUCUUAUGGCACUAAAAACUGCAGGUGUUGAAGGAGUAAUGGUGGAUGUAUGGUGGGGUUUGGUUGAGAAAGACGGACCUUUGAAGUAUAACUGGGAUGGCUAUGUUGAGCUAGUACAGAUGGUACAAAAACAUGGUCUAAAACUUCAAGCAGUUAUGUCUUUCCAUCAAUGUGGAGGAAAUGUGGGAGACUCUUGCAGUAUUCCUUUACCGCCAUGGGUGCUCGAAGAAAUUCACAGCAACCCUGACCUUGUCUACACGGACAGAUCAGGAAGGAGGAAUCCUGAGUAUAUUUCAUUAGGCUGCGAUUCAUUGCCAGUUCUCAGAGGAAGAACGCCGAUUCAAGUCUACUCUGAUUAUAUGAGGAGCUUCCGCAACAAAUUUAAAGAUUAUCUGGGCACAUGUAUUGUGGAAAUUCAAGUAGGGAUGGGUCCUUGUGGAGAGCUAAGAUAUCCAUCUUACCCUGAAAGCAAUGGCACUUGGAGAUUUCCAGGGAUUGGAGAGUUUCAGUGCUAUGACAAGUAUAUGAAAGCAUCAUUGCAAGCAUCAGCCGAGGCAAUUGGACAGCCAGAAUGGGGAAGGAGUGGGCCACAUGAUUCAGGCCAAUACAAACAAUUUCCAGAAGACACUGGAUUCUUUCAAAGAGAUGGAACUUGGAAUACACCAUAUGGACAGUUCUUCCUAAAGUGGUACAGCGGGAAACUAAUUGAGCAUGGAGAGAUCAUUCUUGCAUCUGCUAAAGAAAUAUUUGAUGCAACUGGGGCCAAACUAUCCGGGAAAGUUGCAGGAAUUCACUGGCAUUUCAAAACCAGAUCACAUGCAGCUGAAUUGACAGCAGGAUAUUAUAAUACAAGAGACCGUAAUGGCUACCUACCAAUAGCUAGAAUGUUCGCUAAGUAUGGAGUUGUGUUCAACUUCACAUGCAUGGAAAUGAAGGAUUGCGAACAACCUGAUCACUGUUCUCCUGAAGGUUUAGUGCAGCAAGUGAAAAUGGCAACUCAAACAGCAGGCGUAGAACUCGCUGGAGAAAAUGCUUUAGAAAGAUACGAUGCAGGUGCAUAUGGACAGGUUUUAGCAACCAGCAUGUCCCACUCGGGAAGUGCAUUGAGUGCAUUCACAUAUUUGAGGAUGAACAAAAGAUUAUUUGAAGGAGAUAACUGGAGACAUUUGGUAGAGUUUGUAAAGAGCAUGUCUGAAGGUGGUCGCAAUCAUAGACUCUCACCAAGUGACUCAAGCGGAACAGAUCUUUAUGUAGGCUUCAUAAAAGAGAAGAGCAAUCAGGAGAAGGACAUUGCUCUUGUAUAGAAUGUGCAUACACUGCCAUAUAUUUGGUGCAAACCAGCAUAAUCUAAUACGAUGAAAGGAUAAAUACAAAAUCUGGUAGUAUAGAGCACGAUUUAAAAAUAUGUAUGCCUGUUUCAAGGCAAUUCUGUAAAAAAAUAAGAAAAAAGCAACAUUCAUUUAUCCCUA